GUAAAAUUCAUGCUUUAAAUGACUUUUAAAAAUGUUGUAGCUCUAUCCGUGGUGUUAACGGUACAAAUUGGUGAACUGUUUGCAUAAAUGUGAUAUUUAAACUGUGAUGUUGUUGACGUUUUUAUUCUAACCGCAUUAUUAAAGACAGUCCGAGACAGCUCUGCAAGAAUGGGAAAUGCUUCAUCAAUAGGCUCGUCUAUCGUAAUUUACCUCGACCUAAAUGGCAAACACGAAAAGAUCGUGUUCAGUAAACACUGCAGCGCACGAGACAUUCACGAACUGGUUGCACAGGCGGCUGGAUGUAGCAAGUACUGCUCAUUAACCCUGAAGGAUGAUAGCGGCGCGCACGUGUCAAUGUCACCGGCCAUGCCGUGCAACACGCCAACGACACCUUACAAAGUUCAAAUCCAGCAACCGACUUCGAAUCAAGGUGACAGUGAAGUUCUUACGCAGCUGAUGAGCCAUGUAGCUGACCAGUUCAACAAGGCUUUCAAAGUGGAAGAAAUGAAGACGGAAAUUUCAAGCAGAUUAUUAGCUUUAGAGCGGAAAUUAGAAAUCGAGGGCCUGAAGGCAGUGGAGAUUGAGAAAUGCAAGAGGGACAUCUCCGAGAUCAAGGACCAGAUCUGGACCGCACAGAAGAAAUUUGUGGACUUCAACCGAAUGAGACCAAUGUUGUAUGGUAGUAACACGAUAGAUCAUUUUUAUAGUUCAAUGAGUGAUGAAAGAAAGAUAUGCCUAAAGCGGGAUAUCCCCGCCUAUCCGAAGUACACACUGUCUCAGGAAACUAUCGACUAUCUAAAGCAGCCAACCUUCGACAUUUGGCACUGGGAGCCUAAUGAGAUGCUGAGUCUCCUGGAGCACAUUUUCCACGAGCUGGGCCUGGUCAAAGAGUUCAACAUGAACCCUAUCACACUGAAACGCUGGCUGCUGUGCGUUCAGGAGAACUACAGGAACAACCCUUUCCACAACUUCCGACACUGCUUCUGCGUGACCCAGAUGAUGUACGGGAUGGUGAACCUUUGCGAGCUGCAGGAGAAGAUCUCGAUCGAAGAGAUCGGGACGCUCAUUAUCGCGAGCAUAUGUCACGAUCUAGACCACCCCGGCUAUAACAACACAUAUCAGAUUAAUGCGCGGACGGAGCUGGCUAUUCGUUACAACGACAUCUCACCACUCGAGAACCAUCACUGCGCUGUGGCCUUUCAAAUCCUGUCCAAUCCGGAAACGAACAUUUUCUCUAACGUCGACAAGGAGACUUUCAAGCGUAUAAGAGCAGGCAUAACCCAGCUGAUUCUGGCUACGGACAUGGCGCGACACAGUGAGAUCAUCGAGAAUUUUAAGUCGAAGUUAGAAGGGAAGUUCGAUUUCAAGAACAAAGAGCAAAUAGAUACGCUUAAGAUGGUUCUUAUCAAGUGCUGCGAUAUCUCCAACGAAGUGCGGCCCAUGGAAGUGUCCGAGCCCUGGGUCGACUGUCUUCUAGAGGAAUACUUUAAUCAGAGCGACCGCGAGAAGAUGGAGGGACUUCCGGUUGCUCCGUUCAUGGACCGCGACAAGGUAACGAAGCCGUCGGCUCAGAUCGGCUUCAUCAAGUUCGUCCUCAUUCCCAUGUUCGAGACAGUCUCCAAGCUGUUCCCCCAGAUCGACGACACGAUGGUUGAGCCACUGCGCCUCGCCCGGGACAGAUACGAGGGCAUGAAAGAGCAGGCCCCCACCCAGAAAUAGCAGGUCAACGACGCCUGUUCAGUCUACACAGAUUAUAUUUACAAUGACCCCCAUGUGUGUAGUUUCUCAACUCGGAAAAUUUACGGCAAGUCCCGAAACAACGUUCUGCGAUGUCCGCGGUGGAAUUCAUCAUGGCGGGCGGAACAGACAUGUUUUCAUUCUUUACCUUCAUACAAGCAAUAGCUUGCAGAACUUGUACACGUUUCUCGUGUUCUUUUUAUCGUUGUUGCUACUGUUGUUUCUUGUCCAUGAAGUUUGUUUACUGAUAAAUAUAAAUUUCGAAUCGA